AUGCAGGCCCUGGUCUACAACGGCACCCCUUACAACGUAACAAUUGCCAACGUCUCCCGUCCAACAAUCCAAAACCACACCGACGCCGUCGUCCGCAUCACCACCUCCGCCAUUUGUGGCUCCGAUUUGCACUUCUACCAUGGUCUCAUGGGCGGAACGCCCCCGUACGUGGUUGGCCAUGAAGCCAUCGGGUACGUGUCUGAGGUUGGAGACGCGGUUUCCUCGUUGUCGGUGGGUGAUUAUGUGGUCAUUCCGGAUAAUGCUGCCGCGGGUCAUUUGGAGAUGGUGCCCGAGGCGUUGGAUUCGUUUGGGGGUGGGACUGAGCUUGGUGGAUUGCAGGCUGAAUACGCCCGCGUCCCCUUCGCCGACGACUCCCUCAUUCCCGUCCCAUUGACCCACGAAACGACAAACUCCUCUAUCGAAUGUGACUACCUAACCACCGGCGACAUCUUCGCCACCGGCUGGAGCGCAAUUGACUACUCCGGCUUUCAACCAGGAGACACCGUCGCAGUCUUCGGUGCUGGCCCUGUUGGUCUCCUUGCCGCAUACUCCGCCCUCCUCCGCGGUGCAUCGAAUGUGUACUCCGUGGAUCGCGAACCUAUGCGACUUGAGCGCGCUGCCUCAAUCGGCGCUAUCCCCAUAAACUUCAAUGAAUCUGACCCCGUACAACAGAUCAUGAAACACGAACCCAACGGCGUCACCCGUGCUGUGGACUGCGUUGGUAUGGAAGCCGUCAACGCCCGCGGCGAGUCAGAAGAGGGUAUCAUCCUACGCAACAUGAUCAACGUGGUAGCUCAGAACGGCGGUAUCGGACAAAUCGGCGUGUACAUGCGACAGGAGACUUCCCCAGCUGCGCCACUGGGAGAUAGUAUCCCGCAGAACGUGCCGUUCGCCAUUUCGGAUUUCUUUCUUAAGCAUCUAAGAUAUGAAGCUGGGAUUGUUGAUCCGAAAGUUCUGGCACCGCAGCUUGUUGAGUUGAUUUCGGCGGGACGGGCGAGGCCGAGUUUUAUUUCGACGGCGGAGAUUCGGAUCGAUGAGGUGCCUAGGUAUUAUGAGAGGUUUGAUCGGAAGGAGGAGAUUAAGGUAUAUAUUCAUUUCCCUUGA